AAUCCCUAAAUUUUACAUUAGUGAUCACUUUUCUUCUUCAUGAUCUUCGUCUGAACAAUUACCCAUUCUCCACUAAACCCCCUUUCUUCAAAAGUUUCGAUUUUUCCUGCUUCUCGUGGAAAAUAAACGAAAAACCGAACCCGGGUCUCGUUCAAACGACCAUAUGAACAUGGAAAACAUGAGCAUUCAAGAUUUGGUUUCAGUUUUGCGUACAGCGUUUCUGACAGAACAAUUUGAUAGUGUUGAAGAAAUUUUAGUGAGUAGAUAUGAGAAACUCCGAGCAGAGAAUCAACAUCUUCAACAGAAGUUUCAAUCUGAGGAAGAAUUGAGGAAGAGGGAGGAAAUGUGUGAGAGAGGGAAAAAAGCACAGAAUAAUUAUGAAAAAUUGUUGAAGGAAGUUAAGAAAACUACUUCAGGGUUUAGAGAAACAAUUUCUGAGUUAGAAAAGAAGAACAGUGAUUUGGAGUUGGAAGUUUCUGAGCUUAGAAAAAGAGUUGGUGUUUUGGAAAAUGAGAAAAAUGCAUUUGGGGUGAAAAAUAGUGAGUUGGAGAAAUCAAUGAAGAAGAAUUGUGAGGCUCAGGUUGAUGCUGGGAUUACAGCUUUUCAAGAAAAAGAGAUUGUGGAUGCUGCUCCUUUGCAAAGAAUUGAUCCUCCCAUGAAAAGGAGGAAGGGUGAUCAAGGUGCAUCAUUAGAAGAGAGCUCACUAAUGGAGAACAAUGGCUAUGAUACACCUAACAUGGGAUGUGUACAUUUGUUGGUGCAUUUUGGUGGAGAAAGAAGUACACUUUUGUUGAAAGUUGAUCCUGGUCGGUACUCUUAUUUGGAUUUGGUUGAUGGCAUUAGUGGAUUGGCUAUCACUGAUGGACUCAAUAAUGGAGGUUUGUCUUUUGCUAUUUCUUUCUGUCAUCCCACUAGUAAGUCAACAAUUCCCAUCAAAACUGAUAGUCAUGUUCUUGAGAUGUUCAAGCUUUAUAACAUGUGUAGUUGUAUCCAUGUUUAUACAACAUUACUUAACCACGAAGGUGAUGAAGUUGUUAGUCAAGUCCCUGAUAUUAUACUUAGUGAGUUUGAUGAUGACUGGAGAGUGAGUGGUGAGCCUCCUCGAAAUGAAAGUGAUGAAAUUCUCUCAGGUUCUAGUUACAUAGAUGAAGAAAAAAGGGAUAAUGAGAUUAAUAUUGACGAGCAUAGUGAUUAUGAAGAAAAACAUGAUCGUAUUGCUUCUGAAAAUUCUGCCGAAGAUAAAGUGUCAAUUUAUUCUAAUAGAGGUAUCAAAGGAAAAAUAUCUGCUCAUGAAUUUGAAGGGAAAGUGAAACUAGAAGUUGGUCUAUUGUUUAGUGAUGUGAAUGAGUUUAGAACUGCUCUUAGAGAUUUUGUUAUACAAGAAGGGUUUGAGAUUAAGAGGAUAAAAAACGAAAAGGCAAGAGUAACUGCUAGAUGUGCUGCAGAUGGUUGUUGUUGGCGUAUUCAUGCAUCUCCUGCACCAGAUGGGAUAACAUAUAUGAUUAAGUCAUACAACCCAGGUCAUUCCUGUACACGAACAACAAAGAACUCAAAUGCCACAUCUACUUGGAUUGCAAGGAAGUUAGAAAGCAAGUUAAAGGCUGAUCCAAAUAUGAGUUAUGCGGGUAUGAAACAAGAGCUGUUGGAUAGCUAUGGCAUAGAACCAAGUAAUGUAGGUCAACUUUAUCGUGCAAGAAAAAAGGUGAGACAAGACGCAAAAGAAUUUCACCCACUUUCAUAUAAUGAUUUACCAUCUUGGGCUAACCUUGCUUUGGAGACAAAUCCUGGAUCUGUUAUAAAGCAUAGAGGCUCUAAUGGACAAAUUGAUCCUCCUGUAUUGAGUAAGCUUCCAGAUAGACCAAAAGUUAAUAGGAAGAGAAGUGUGAUUGAAGGUCCAGGCGGUUCGCAGGUAGCGAGAAGAUCAAACACAGUUAGGUGCGGGAACUGUAAGGAGUUUGGACAUAACAUACUAGGAUGUCAGAGAGAUAAAAGUAAGAUACAGGAAAAGCUAAAUGUGCGACGUAGCUCGGAUGGGAAUGCAGCUUGUUCUAGACAAGUCACUCAAAGUAUAUAGCUAUUGCUCUGAUGGAAAUGAUGUUUAGUGGUUUAUUUUGGAGGAUUCUAGAAAUAUUUAGUGUUUUAUAUAGCUGCUGUAAUUAAUAGCUACUUUUUUCCUUCUUUUUUUGACAAUAGUGUUUUGGAUAAUAGUAUUUUGGAGCUAUUGUUUUAUUUAGAUACUAGUAUUUUGUAGAGCUUAUUGGUCUAUUUACUUUGGGAGGCUUAUUAAUUGGCUUAUGCAGUUAGUUGCUCAAA